AUGGGAAUGGACACCGACACAAUCGGCCCAGUAGUGGAAACUCCCGUGGCGCUGGGAGGAACGAAUCCAGCCGAAGAUGCAGUGACGAGCAAUGGGGAGAUCGCGAAGUUGGAGGAAGAGGAGCAGCUCGAUCAAAAUCAGCACAAGCAAAUCGGAUCUGACGACUCUGCAAUAACAUCAAGCGAAAGCGAUGGAAACUCAGGAGGAACCUCGUCAAGCGGAGAAAACGACGAGUCUGAAUUCGAAGAAGCCAAAAAAGUCGAAGCCGAAAAGUCGAAAGAAGAAAAAGACGAGAAACCGCCGAAGCCAAAAGUCGAAAAGCCCAAAGAAGAAGUUCCAGACACGCGUCACAAACUGCGCAAAAUCAUCGAAGUCAACUCGCUGGCCGAAGAAACGGUGAAAGCGGAGCAAGAAGAAAAAGACCGGCGCCAGCGACUGCUCGAAAUCGAAAAGGAAGAAGAGGAAGAAGCAAAGAAACUCAACGAGGACGAAAAAGAUGGCGAAAAGAAGGGCGUCGAGAAAACAGGGCUUGUUUUGCAGCACGAGCCGCGCGUAGCAGUCGACUAUCGGAUAGCGCGGCGGUUAAAAGAGCACCAGAAUGGCGGCGUCAAGUUCAUGUUCGCCAACAUGGUCGAGCGCGUCGACAGGAGCAAGAGCAGCGACGGCCAAGGCUGCAUCCUUGCCCACUGCAUGGGCCUCGGCAAGACCAUCCAAACCCUUUCCUUUCUCCAGGCUGUUCUCUGCUCUGAGCAUCUGGACUGGUGCAAAAACGUGCUCGUCCUCUGCCCGAUGAACACGCUGCACAACUGGCUUCGCGAGCUGCACGAGUGGCUGGACGAACUGCAGCGGCCGGAGCUGGCCUGCUACUCGCUCAACGACUCGCCGACGCCGAAAGAACGUGUCCAGGAACUGCAGCGCUGGCAGAAUCAGGGCGGAAUAAUGGUGAUGGGCUACGACAUGUACAGAAUGUUAGCCACGGGCAAUCGGACCCGCGUGCCGAAAUACAAAAAGGCACAGAAAGCGGCCCUCCUCGAUCCAGGGCCAGACAUCAUCAUCUGCGACGAAGGACACUUACUCAAAAACUCGGAAGCGGCGAUCGCGAAAGUACUCUCAAAGAUCCGGACUCGUCGCCGCUGCGUUUUGACCGGAACGCCGCUGCAAAACAACUUGAUCGAGUACCACUGCAUGGCCAGUUUUGUGAAACCCAAUUUGCUCGGAACGCUGAAGGAGUUCAGAAACAGAUUCGUCAAUCCAAUCUUAAACGGGCAACAUGCUGAUUCUACCAGCUACGAUGUGACGAUAAUGAAGCGUCGCGCACACGUCCUGCAUAACCUCCUGUCCGGCUGCGUCCAGCGAAAAGACUACCACGUCCUGUCGAAGCAUUUGCCGGAAAAGUACGAAUAUAUCAUUUCCGUACGACUCACUUCCUUCCAGCAAGAGCUCUACAAAUUUUAUCUGGAAAACGUAUCGAACAAGGGCGAAAAAGUGGAGAACCAGCAAGGUCGAGGCGUUUCUGGCCUCUUUGCCGAUUAUCAAAACCUGAUGCGUGUUUGGACGCAUCCUAAGCUGCUGGAGACGCAUUCGCUCAAACGAGAAUUCGCGGAUCUUUUCGUCGAGCACGAAGAAGCCGAGUCCGAUCUCGAGGAAUUGGCAAAGAACAUCAACUCCGAGGAUGAACAGAUCGCGAUUCUUGAAGACGGCGAUCCAGGAUUGGACUCGACAGACGAAGAAGGCAGCGACAAGUUCAACUUCGGGGAAGACGCGCCGCUGCAGUACGAGCUGGAUGAGCCCGAGGAGCCGAAAAAGAAGUUGAGUCGCGCCGAAAGACGCCAAAAACGCAACGAUGAUAAACUGCGCGGUCUCGAAGAAGAGGAAGACAUCGGCGAGUUUCAAACGCUCGAGAGCGCGCAGCGAAGCAAACUCGAAUGGUGGGGCAAACUCAGCAAAGAAGUCGACCUCAACGGACUCCACCACUCUAGCAAAAUCCAAGUGCUUCUCGAACUAAUGCGCGUUUGCGAGAUGCGUGGCGAGAAGCUGCUCGUCUUUUCUCAGUCGCUUAUGUCGCUGGACUUGAUCGAAGAGUUCCUUCAGCAGUGCACUACUCUCGUCGAAGGUGGCCUCCCUUCGCCGGCUGGUUCCGGGAAAUGGGUCAAGAACGAGGACUACUUCAGAAUGGAUGGUGCUACUUCUGGAGGAAAACGCCACGAGUUCAUCGGGCAAUUCAACGAUCCUCUGAACCUUCGAUCUCGUCUGUUUCUUAUUUCGACGAAGGCUGGCUGCUUGGGCGUGAAUUUGGUGGCGGCGACGCGCGUUGUAAUCUUUGACGCUUCCUGGAAUCCGACGCAUGACAUUCAAUCCAUCUUCCGAGUCUACAGAAUCGGGCAGACCAAACCUGUCUUCAUUUACAGAUUGGUGGCGCAAGGAACGAUGGAAGAAAAAGUCUACCGGCGUCAAGUGCAGAAGCAAGGGCUGGCACAGCGCGUGCUCGACGAGCAGCAAGUCGGCCGCUUCUUCAGCCAAGGGGACUUGAAAGAACUCUACAUGUUCGAGUGCGAAAACACGCCUGAAACGGAAGACGACGGUGGAAAACGCUUCAAAAAGCCGAAAGAUGGCGUCUUCGCCGAUUUGCUCUUUCAGGGCAACUGGGCUAGGCGAAUUUCUAAGUACCACGAGCACGACUCGUUACUGGAUCACAUCGAAAGCGAAGAGCUGAGCCCGGAAGAACGCGCCGCCGCCUGGGCCGAAUACGAAGCCGAAAGAACAAACGGCUACAAUUACCAUGUCCAGAACCAGCAAGCCCAGCAGCAGCUGCUUUUGAAACAAGCUCGCGAGGCAGAGCGACAGCGACAGGUUCUUUUGAAACAGGCUCAGGAGCAGAAGCGCAAGGAGCAGCAGAAGAAGAGCCAGCCGACUACCACACAGUCAGGCAACAACUUGACCAGUUUGAACGCGCUGACGCAAAUCAUUGGUGCUACGCAGGAGUUCCAGAACUCGAUGAAUCAACUCAACGCGCUGCAACAAGUGGUGAUCCAGCGGCACACAGAGCUCGAGCAGGCGAAAGAAGAAGCAGAACAGGCGGGCGCUGGAGAUACUUCGCUAGACUCGAUGAGCACAGAAGACUUGGUCGAGAAGAUGGCUUCGACUUCGAUCUACGCCGCGCUUAGCCGAGACGAGCUGCGGAAAAUCGCCGCUGCGGCUCUCGCUGAAACGCAAAAACAAAGAGAUAGGGCGCAAAAGAAACUACAAGACGCUUACUCGAACUACACGAUGGUGCAACAAACCUUCCAGCUGCAGGUGAUGGUGCUGAUCAACGCGAAUCCCCAACUAGCGCCGAUUUACUUGUCCCAGUUGACGGGGCAGACGCAGGCGAUGGCGGACGAAGGCAAGAACGUCCCUGCCAAGGUGAUCGAGCAGUUGAUGAAGGCGCAGCAGCGGAAGUAG